AUGAGGAUGCCCUGCCUCGUUGGGGGACUCAUCACAGCCCUAGUGGUGAUGUUUGGGACAGUGACGGCAUAUGGGCCAGUACCACGGAUCAACUGGAAUCUUGAAGAGGUAGACCUGAUGGAGUUUCAGGAACCAGGCAUCUUCAACUACUCACUUUUGCUGCUCAGUGAAGACCAGAAUACACUCUACGUGGGUGCCCGGGAAGCCGUCUUUGCACUGAAUGCACUCAACAUCUCUCAGAAGCAGAAUGAGGUGUACUGGAAGGUCUCAGAAGACAAUCGGGCAAAAUGCCUAAGCAAGGAUCCGUCAAAAGGGGCAGAAUGCUUUAACUUUAUCCGGGUGCUACAGCCUCUCAAUGACAAGUCCCUCUAUGUGUGUGGAACCAAUGCAUACCGGCCCAAAUGCGACCACCUGAACUUAGCAGACUUUAAGUUUCAGGGGCUAAAUGAAGAUGGCAGAGGAAAGUCUCCUUACAGCCCUACAUACAGCUCUACAUCUGUCAUGCUUGAUGGACAGCUUUUUGCAGGGACAUCAACUGAUUAUUUUGGAGAACUGCAGGUCAUCUCUCGAUAUUCUCACAUACAUCCUGUGCGGACUGAGUAUGACACCAACUUGCUAUAUGAACCUAACUUCGUCUUUGCUGAUGUGAUCCGAAAAAGCCCCGAUAGCCCCCAGACCGAUAAUGAUAAGGUCUACUUCUUCUUCACCGAAGUGCCUGUGGAGUAUGACUUCUUUUCCAAGUUAAAGAUCCCCCGCGUUGCAAGAGUGUGCAAGGGUGAUGUGGGUGGCCAGAGAGACUUGCAGAAGAGAUGGACGUCCUUCCUGAAGGCCAAGCUGAUCUGUUCCCAGCCAGAUCUGGGCCUGAUCUUCAACACGGUGCAAGAUGUGUUUGUGCUGCAAGCCCCAGACCUGAAGGAGCCAAUAUUCUAUGCCCUCUUCACUCUGCAGAUGGACACGUUGGGGCUAGUGCAAUUGUCAGCCGUCUGUGCCUACACACAGUCCAAAAUAGAGGAAGUCUUUUCCCAAGGGAAGUACAUGGGGCUGGAGGUUAAAUGGAUACCCAAAUGGGUGCCCUACAAUGGCCCAGUACCCACUCCACAGCCAGGGGCGUGUACCAACAGAGAAGCACGUGGAACCAAGUAUUUAAGCUCUUUGGAUUUACCAGAUGAGACAGUAGAGUUUGUCAGAGAUCACCCUUUGAUGGAUGACUCAAUAACUCCGAUAAAUAACAAGACUGAGUUUAUAAAAAAGGGUGUGAACUACACACAGAUUGUAGUGGACAGGACCCAAGCCCUGGAUGGGAAAUUCUAUGAUGUCAUGUUUGUCAGCACAGAUCAGGGCACCCUGCACAAAAUUAUCAGACUGGAGAACAUUGUGUACAUGAUUGAGGAGACCCAGAUUUUCCAGAAAUCCGGACCUGUCCAAACCCUGGUGCUGUCUUCAAAGAAGGGAAGCAAGUUUAUCUAUGCUGGCUCCAAUGCAGGAGUGGUCCAGGUCCCCCUGGCCUUCUGCAGGAAGCACAGCAGCUGCAAGGAUUGUGUGCUAGCGCGGGACCCCUACUGUGCUUGGAACCCAACUGAGGGCACCUGCGAGGUUGUGCACGAAGCCCAAGGCCCAAACAGGUACUGGAUUCAGGAUAUGAGUGGCAAUGUGUCCUCGUGUCCAGGUGAGUCAGUUUUCUCCUGGUAUCAGCAUUUUUCCUUCACUGGUAGCACAGCAUAUCUCAGAUGCUCCCCCAAAUCCAACAAGGCCCGUGUGAUAUGGAAGUUCCAGAAUCGUGUGAUAGGAACAAAGGAGGAUAAAUAUAUUAUUAUGGAGAAGAAAAACCUGCUGAUCACCAAACUCUCAAUGAAAGACCAAGGGAGGUAUCAGUGUCUGUCUGAAGAGUGGGUCAACAGGAAGGCAGUUACUCAGGUGCUCAACAGAUACAUCCUGGAGGUGAAGUUAUCUUCACCACUGCCUUGCUCUACUGGUAAACAUUAGUAGAGUAAUCCUUAAAGGGUUGUUAGCAUUCACCGAGAGGUCCUAGACUCAAGGCUCAGCUAUAUAAGCCACUGCCGUACUCCACAAGUCAGCACCCACCAGCAUGUCCUGAGAACCAAUCAUCAACACAGCUCACCAGUUCUACUUCUUAAAGACUAUGAAUCUCAAGCCUAGUGACAACGACCUGUUCUGUGUCUCUUUUUCCUCUUCCUGUUCAUCCUCUUUGUCUUUUAGCCUACAAAUGUGGCAGUGGCUACCUGCCUAGAUAGUCCUUGAAAUUCCACUCAGUCUGCUACUUGAGAAGAAGCAGUUGACAUCAGAUUUUUCUCAUCCAGAGCACAGCAUAAAGGAAACAUUUACGGAGCCUGGGAAUGUCUCCCUGAAAUAAUGGCAAGCAGCUGAAGCUGGCCCUGGAGCCAUGCUAUGCUUGACACAAAGAAGGACAUCAUCACUAGAUAGAAACCAUCCAUAAGGACAUACAAAAUUUCAGUCAGAGACAGCCUCUUAAUAACCAAUAUGAACUGGCUUGGGUGUGGUUGUUGACUGAAGUCUAGCUGUGCCUUUCCA